AUGUCAAUCAAGCGGGUCCUAGUCAUUGCGGGAUCUGAUAGCUCCGGUGGCGCGGGGUUGGAAGCUGAUCAAAGAGUUCUCGCCGCCCAUGGCUGCUAUGCUCUCACUGCUACAACGGGAUUGACGGCCCAGAACACUCUUGGCGUGCAGGACAUUUUCGUCAUCCCAGCCGAGUUCGUCAGAAAGCAGAUCAAUGCUGGCUUAGAAGAUGUCGGUGCCGAUGUGGUCAAACUCGGUAUGCUGUCGUCUGCCGAGACGAUCAAUGUCAUCGCGGAAACAUUGCAAACCCAUCGAGUUCCCUCUGUUGUCCUCGAUCCGGUUAUGGUAUCCACGAGUGGAUCGGAGCUGCUUCCUGAACAGGCCGUGAAAGAGCUUCGCACGAAACUGCUCCCCAUCACGACAAUCUUAACCCCAAACAUCCCCGAAGCACAGCUCUUGCUCAAGGAUGCUGGAGCAGAAGCCCCCGAGCCAGCGGAUCUCGCCGGAAUGAUUGACCUGGCCAAGAAGAUCUGCUCGCUAGGGCCCAAGGCAGUGCUUCUCAAGGGUGGCCAUAUUCCUCUAACGAAGGAACACAAGACUGCCAUAAACCUGCAAGAAGCGACCACGGUCAUCGAUAUUCUCUUUGAUGGAGAACAAACAACUUUGUUUGAGACGGACUACUUGGUCUCGAAGAACACGCACGGCACCGGUUGCUCGCUCGCCUCGGCAAUCGCCGCCAACCUGGCCCAAGGAAAAGACAUGGUGAGAGCCGUUCGUAGCGCCGUGCGAUUUGUCGAAGCGGGAAUCAAGACCAGCACCGACUUGGGUAAAGGCAGUGGGCCCAUCAACCAUUUCCACUCGAUCUAUACCAUGCCCUUUGCACCUGGCCGGUUCCUGGAAUACAUCAUGGACCGCCCCGAUGUCCAGCAGAUCUGGCAGACCUUCACCCAUCACGAGUUUGUUGAAGGUUUGGGCAAGGACUAUCUCUACCUAGUUCAAUUCGCUCGCAGUAAUGCACUUGCAUCAUACAAGGCGAAAAGUAUGGACUCAAUAGCGGCGUCCGCUCAGAUUGUUCUACACAUUGAGCGAGAGAUGGCUCUGCAUGUGGAUUACUGCGCUUCCUUUGGCCUCUCUAAGGCGGACAUGAUGGCCCACAAGGAAACUAUCGCAUGUACCGCGUACAGCCGAUACAUUCUUGAUGUGGGCCAAUCGGAAGAUUGGCUCGCACUGCAGAUGGCAUUAGCACCUUGUCUUAUUGGAUACGGUACUAUUGCCAACCGACUCCAUACCGACUCUGAAACUCUUCGUGAAGGAAAUCAAUUCUGGAAGUGGGUUGAGAAUUAUGUCGCCAAGGACUAUUCCGAAGCCGUGCGACUUGGAUCAGAAUUGCUAGAAAGUCACAUGAAGUUGGUUUCUCCAAGUCGCAUGGAGGAGUUGAUUAAGAUUUUUAUCCGGGCUACAGAGCUGGAAAUUGGUUUCUGGGAUAUGGGUUUAAGCGAAAAGAAGCUGUGA